AUGAGGCGGGAGCACCAGAUCUCACUCGCUGAGCUGGAAAAGCGCUCGCACACAAGCCUCACGGACCCCAACCCCGAGUCGCACCAGUCAGCACCGGAGACCUAUGGGGCACCGCUGAGCGAGCUGUCAUGGCCUUCAUCACUGGCGGUGGUAGCUGUCUCCUUCUCUGGCCUCUUCACCUUCGUCUUCCUCAUGCUGGCCUGCCUCUGCUGCAAGAAGGGAGACAUGGGCUUCAAGGAGUUUGAAAACACAGAGGGAGAGGAGUACCAGGCAGAUCUCUCCGUCCGGGCCUCGCCUUCCGCCCAGAAUGGCCCAGAGGUCUACAUCCUUCCCCUCACUGAGGUCUCCCUGCCCGUGUCCAAGCAGCCCGGCAGAUCCAUCCAGCUGCUGAAAUCCUCAGACCUUGGCCGCCAUAGUCUUCUAUAUCUAAAGGAGAUUGGACAUGGUUGGUUUGGCAAGGUUCUGCUGGGCGAGGUCAAUGUGGGUCUCAGCACUACCCAGGUGGUGGUGAAGGAGCUGAAGGCCAGUGCCAGUGUCCAGGAUCAGAUGCAGUUCCUGGAAGAGGUGCAGCCAUACCGGACCCUCCAGCACCCAGCCCUCCUGCAGUGUCUGGCACAGUGCUCCGAGGUUACUCCCUAUCUGCUGGUCAUGGAGUUUUGCCCUCUGGGUGAUCUGAAGAGUUACCUCCGCGGUUGUCGAGUUGCUGAUUCCGAGACUCCCGACCCUCUGAUACUCCAGCGAAUGGCUUGUGACAUUGCCUCAGGGCUUCUCCACCUCCACAAAUACAACUUCAUACACAGAGACUUGGCCUUGCGAAACUGCCUGCUAACUUCAGAAAUGUCUGUGAAGAUCGGAGAUUAUGGCUUUUCUCACAGCCGAUACAAGGAGGACUACUACGUUACACAGGAUCAGAUUUGGGUGGCCCUGCGCUGGAUUGCGCCUGAACUCAUAGACGAGGUCCACGGAAACCUGCUGGUUGUUGACCAAACCAAAAGCAGCAACAUAUGGUCACUGGGGGUGACUGUGUGGGAGCUGUUUGAGCUGGGAAACCAGCCGUACAGACACUACUCUGACAGACAGGUGCUGACAUAUGCUGUGAAGGAGGAGCAGCUCAAACUACCCAAACCCCACGUGCAAUUCCCCCUGGCUGAGCGCUGGUAUGAGGUGAUGCAGUUCUGCUGGCUUCAGCCCGAGCUGAGACCCAGCAGCGAGGAGGUUCACCUCCUGGUCACGUACCUCUGUGCCAAAGGCUCCAGUGAAGCCGAAGAGGACUUUGAACAACGCUGGAAUGCCUUGAGACCCAACCUGCUUGGCAGUACCUUUCACACGGCCACGUCCACGGCCCUAAUCCUGACCCCUUCCCCCCCACCAGCUGACGUCUCUGGUGCAGACCAAACCCAGGCAGUGGAGCUGGCCUCCUCUGCAUCCUCCUCCUUCCCCCUCCUGGAACACUUCAAUGACAGCUACCAGUCAGACACCGGGGACGACCUACUGACCGUGACAGAGACCAGCCAUGGUCUCAACUUUGAGUACAAGUGGGAACUGGCCCGAGCCGAGCAGCCGUACUGCUCUUCCUUCACCAGUGGGCCACUGGGGCAGGGGAACCCAUAUUACCAGGAUAUUUAUUAUUCAAGCCAAGGAAGCACCUCAGGAGUCUGCAAGACUGACAGCCUGACCUCAGAUACAUCCCUGUCCUAUUACGAACCCGAACACCCAGCUGUGGUCCCAGUGUUGAGUGCCCACAGCCCCUCCGUCAGCAGCGAGUACUAUAUCCGCAUAGAGGAACCAGUUGAAUGUAACAUUAACCUGGAUGACAGCAUUGUGGACUACAGCCCAGGACUGGAGGCCAGCAACAGCAGGUUGUCCUCUGAGAGUCGCACUGGUUCAUCGGUGGCACAGCCCAGUGCUUACUGGUCAACUGCUGACAACGCUAAAUCUGCUGCCUCCGACUCGGAUUCAAGCCCCACUGUUCAGCUCACCAUCGACCCGCUGCUGCGACAGGCACCCAGCGCAAGCCCUGUGAAGGUACGCCACUCCCACAGCCGCAUCUCAUCCAAUCAGGAGGAAGCAAUCUACUGUGAACAGUCUUCAGCAUACAAACCAUGCCGCCAAGCCCGUCUGCCUGAACCGGAUACCUCACCGGAGACAAACCAUGUGCAUCCAGUGGGGCGGCUGGAAAACACACGCAGUCUGUCACAUGCAGUAAGCAGCCCCAGCUUAGGCUUCUGCGACCCCUACCUUGAAGCAAGCACCGGCCGGAGCACAGUUAACGACAGCUGUCCUAAUCUGAUGGGUCCCCUCAGAAAGACGCUUCCCAUUGUUAACCACAUUAGUAUCGAUGUAGAGACAGACGACGGCCUGCUGGUGGGUCAGCGGAGAGGGGAAGACAUUGAGGAGGACCUUUUCUCAGACAGUGGUAACUGGACCUCAAACCAUUCAGCGAACAACAAUAGCGUGAGUUUUGAAAGCAAACAGACAGAGAGUGGGCUAGAUGAUUAUCUGGACCUUCCCUAUAUUUCCCAUUCUAACUCAACAGAAUUAUGGUCUUUAACCAAGGCCACCACCAAAACCUUCCAGAGCUGCACGUCUACUGGGACUCUGGAGGCAGGAGGAGGAGAUGCUGGUUGUACUGCUUGUAGCGAGCCCACUGAAUUGAGUUCAUACAUUCACUUAUGUCACAAAGAAAGAGAUGAAGCUGCCACUCCAAUGGAAAGGAACUUCACUGCAGGAAAUAGAAGAAAUAUCGAUUCUCACACAAGCUCCAGUGUAAACUCCAGAGGUACAGGUCACGGACUAGUGAUUGAGAAAUAUGAAAAGCAAUUGUUUCGUAACGGAGACAGACUGUACUCUGAGCCCAAGAUGAUCCCUGAGACGAGCUAUGUCAAGUCCCCAUCCUCUUUCAAGGAUCCUCAGGCUGGUCAAGCAGUAGCCUUGUCAGACAAACACAGGGCUAACAUGUGGGAAGGGGUUUCCUCAGGAAUAUCUCUUGGUCUUGGAGACAAGAGGCUAAACUGUCCAGAGACAUUGGAAAGCACUAGAGCUCUGGAUGGUAAAGUGAGGGUUAGAGAAUCCAGCUUCAGCCUGAUUGAGAUCGGCGACUACAGCGAGGACGACGAUGACGACCUUACAGAUAUUACAUCAGGUAUCUUUGCCGACUUCAAUCUAGAUUAUGCUGAGGUAGAGGAGGACGAGCUAAGUCCAUUGAAGACUCUGAAUGGAACCCCCGACUCUGUGGACACCCUUAAUCUGUCCUCAUCGAUGACGAGCCACAGCGAUCAGGCCUUCAGCCCCGACCCCUUUAACGCCCCCAUCUUGCCCAAAUCCCUGGACAGUGGCUAUGACACUGAGAACAACGAAUCGCCAGAGUUUUUUUUCAAAGAGCUUGGAGAUCCGCGAGGUGGUGAUAGGAGCCCGAGCCUGGCCGGAGACCCUGAGUUUACACAGCAGGUGGGUUUAAGCCAUGGUGCCUGCACUUCCAUCAACACCUCAGAGCUAAAGUUAAAAAGCCUGACUGAUAAGAACCCGUACAGGGACUCGGCCUACUUCUCCGACUAUGAUGCUGAAAAUGAGAGGAGCCCUCAAGAGGAGGGCAGGAAGUUCUUUGCGGGUCCAACUAACCACGAAUUCAGCCCUGAGAGAUUCAGCUCUAUGAGAAAUAACGAUCCAUUCCAGAAGAAAUUCAAUAAAGAAGAAAACUUAGCAAAUCUGAGACACAUAAGAAGUUGUGCUGCGGUGAACCUCUCAGAGUCUGACCCAAGCUCACCCCAUCCCCUUCCCACCCCCGGGCUGUCAAUGCUAACACCGUUCCCUCCGCAGAUGGGCGGCUGCCUGACCAAAGGGUCCGCCCCCGCGGAGGAUGACCUCGGCCUGGAGGCGGAGCACUCAGGGGAGGAGCCUUCCUCAGAGCUCAGCGCCUCCAUCGUGUCCGAACCGCCUUCCACUGUCCAGGAGGCCUCGGCCAACCACGUGGCGGGGAACAGAAGAGGUCACGAUUACUCCCCGGUCCGGUCUCUGAAUUCGGACUCCACCUUAACUGAUUGCGGAGACGAAGGCGCCAAUGAAAAUGAAAAUGGUGACGGCUCCACAGAGGAGGAGGAGCUGCCCGAAUUCACUCACAUCAGGGAGGAGACUGAGACCAGGACAGUGGGCGUGACUAUAAAUGAGGACGAUUUUGAGGACAUAGAUGCGGAGGAGUGCGACUCCCAGGACAGUAUUUGCGAAGAAUCCAACGGCCCUGUUGUCCUGUCGACCUCCUCAUCGCUGCUGGAGCUGUGUGGAGAAAACGUGAGAGCGCCACUGGAAGAGGCGGAGGAUGAGGACGACUCGGACGACAGCGAGUCCGAUGAAGAGUUGAGGACCUACAACAUCCAGGAUGAAGACAGCGAGGAGAGUGAGGAGGAUUUCACCUCAGUGCCGGUGGUGGUGAGCGACUGCAGCCGGGCCCGACACCUCCGCAGCCUCCUAAAGAUGCCCCCCCUCCCCACCCAGGCCUGUGACGAGCUAGAGAGGAAGAAAAAGGCGGUGUCCUUUUUUGAUGGCGUCACGGUGUUCCUUUUCGACCAGGAGAGUCCCACAGGAGAGCUGGCCGACUACACCUUCGCCACAGGAACGGAGGAAUCUCCAGAGUUAAACGCCUCGGACCAUCGGCCACAUCCGGACCCUGACCUUGAAGCCCAGGCCCGUGUCACAUUAUGUGACUCUGAAGAAACUGACGGGAGCUCAGACAAGGAUGGGAGUUAUGAAUGGGAAGAUGACCUUUCGCCUGACCCCCUCCCAGAGCCCCAGUCCUCACCCACAUCCACCUCCAACAGUCCCGAGGUUCCCAAACCUGCAGCUGUGGCACUCAACCGUUUUAUGGUCUCGCGGUUCUCCAUCACACAAGUCUCUGACUCCCACAUAGACUCAGCAGGUCAGUACUAA